AUGGAAGCAAAUGAAAGAGGAAAACGGAUGCUAGUGAUAGGCUGGAUAUUAGUUUGUCUACUAUUUCCCACAACGGUGAAGGCACAAACAGACUGUUACUAUUGUGAUAAAGAGUGCGAUUCGGUGAUCCCAGAACAAAACGGGCCCUGUGUUGACGAAUGUGGCAUAUGGUACUCGACGGCGGAUAACACGGUACAAGUGGGUCGUGGAUGCAUCCAGUUCAUCCCGGAGACCGCCAUAGAGUAUCAGCGUUGUGCGGAAAAUCUCUGCAACGAUGCGAUCCCCAAACGAUGCCUUCAAUGUGACUCAGUGGAUGCCAGCGAAUGUCAAGAAGUUUUGUGUAGCAGUACCGAGGACAAGUGCUACUUGCAUCCAGCAGAUGGCCAUCGAGGGUGCACAUCGGAUCAGAAGUACGCAACCGACUGCUCGCCUGAAACCGGCGACGAUCGCUGCUCGUUGUGUAGCUCCCCAGUCGGUAAGAGCUGCAAUGAAAAUAUUCGAUGCAUCGUCUGUGACGAAUCUGUCGGUGAACAGUGUCUGCAGGAUCCAGCAUCCACCAUCCAAAGCUGCCCCAGUUCCACCGAUCAAUGCUACCGGUAUCUCGAUGCCGCCCGCAUGCUGCACAUGGGCUGCACCAGCAGCGAAGACUAUCAGUCCAACUGUGGCGAGUCGCGUAACUGCCACACGUGCACCGGUGACGAAUGCAAUCGGGAGGGUAAGGUCCCGCAUUUUCGUGUUAUACCUGUAGCGGGUGCCCUACGCUUGAUAAGGAUUUGUUUACGCCUGUUGAGUGCACUAUCGACGAGACAGAUCGGUGUUACGUUGGGGAAGGAAAGAGAAACGAAGCGCGGUUGCGCAUCGCCGGAAGCGCCCGGACUCGACGCAGUGGAACUAUGCAACGACCCGGGAUGCAAUGAGGUUGAUUUUCCAACGCACCUGCAGUGCUAUCAGUGCGUCGGGUGCGAUCAGAUCACCUCGAACGAUGUCUACUUCUGCCAAAGCGAAAGCGCCACCGGUUGUUUCAUGCUGCUAACCGAACCGGAAGGUGGUCUCCGAACGCUCUUUCGUGGAUGCAAUACGGAUGAUGCGUACAGCGAAUGCCGGGAGGAUCAGAACUGUGUCAGCUGCAGUGGUGAUGCAUGUAAUAGAGGCCCAAAGACGGGGGCCCUCUUUUGUGCUCAUUGCUCAGGGGUGGACGAAUGUGAACUGAAUAAUCCAGCACCGAGUUGUAGUGAAACCAUCUUCUACAACCGGUGCUACAUGUACUCGGACGUUGAUGGGACGCUUAUGAAGGGAUGCCUGCUCGAUCUCGAACCUGGAUCAGAGCUAGCGACAGCGUGCUACGAUCCGGCAGAUCGUAGGUGUCAGUACUGCACGGGAGCUUCCUGCAAUCGGCAACACUGCAUCAGCUGUGAUACUCGAACGGAUGGGUUGGACUGUGUCCUGGGAUUGGAAAGUGGAAACCUUCGGUACGAUAUGUGCACUGGCAACAACGACGGUUGCCUAAUGGUGGUAGACGCCGAAGGACACACCGUAAGGGGCUGCGUGGACCAAUCUGCUGAACCGUGUGAAAAUACGGUGGCUUGUUCAGUGGAUGUCGCGAUGGGUUCUAAUAAAGAUUUGUUUCCACCGGAGCGUUUACGCUGCUACAGAUGCAACGGAGAAGAGCGGUGUGACGAAGAACAGGACGAAGGUACUGCACAAUAUUGCCUAUUCUAUUAUGGCACAGACGAUGGUUGUUACACAUAUCAAGAUGGCACCACGGUCGUGCGAGGAUGUACCUCAGAUCCGGACGCACGCUGCAAAACCGACGACGAUCCCUUCUGCACGGUCGUGAGUGAAAGCCUCUCGAACGGAGCAUUCCAGCAAACGAUCAGCUGCUACCAGGAUUGCCCGGGCGGUACCGGUUCGGAGUUGUGCACACCGGCGGUCACCUGCACACCACCGAACAAUCGAUGCUUCCUAAGCGUUUCGAACACGGGAGUUGUAUCGCGCGGCUGUACCACGUCCCUCCAGGGUUGCCCGCCGGAUUCCAGGGACUGUUUCCUUUGCGACCAGUCAAACUGCAACGGAGCGUUUGGCGUUUGUGUCCAGUGCGAUACGCGACCGGGCGAGGAUUGUACCGUAAAAGAGAACCGUGAUGUGUGCGAAGGAAUGGCCGGCUGUUUCCACUACGUGGACCGCGAGAAGGAAAUCUACGGUUGCGCAGAACCUGUACCGGAAUUCUGCGAAGACGAUGCAGACCAUUGCCAGAUCUGUGCGGGCGCGUUCUGCAAUGCGAAAGCCCUAACGGUCUGCUUGAGUUGCAACGGAUGUGAGGACGUAUACGGGGCCGUUGAACCGGGCACCCAAAUCUGCGCCGAGGGAGAUACUUGCUUCACCGGGCUCGUAGGAACGAGGGUUGAUCGAGGAUGCCGUUCUGCCAUGCCGGAACCGAUUGAAAAUUACCAAGAGCUUGAAAUCUGUAGCAGCCCAAUGUUUUGCAACGACCUUUCACGAGCCGACUGGGUUAGCUGUUACGUGUGCUCCGAUUGUGCCGAUCAGCCACCCGUUAGCAGUUCCCAACUGUGCCAAAACCCCCUGUCGAACCGCUGCUACACACUACUGGAUGGGGCAGGGCAGGUGCAUAGAGGCUGCGUAGGUACUGCCUUGCCCGAGGGAUGCAUGGAAGGAUUGAACUGUGCCAUUUGCACCGGAGAGGACAACUGCAAUGGACAGACAGCAACCGGGGCCCAUACACCGGAGUCGUCUGCGUUUAGUUGCGUUCGUUGCGACGGAGCAACGUGUUCCGAGUACAACGCGAUCAGUGCGUGUCCGAACGAGAAAGGGCUGCUUUUCGAUGGGUGCGUUACGUACGACGCGGGCGACGGUAGUGUGAAGAAGGGAUGCCUGAGCGAUAGUGCACUGUGGGAGCUGUGUCCAACCACCGGUGGCUCCGCAAACCCGACCUCGUGCGUAGUAUCCGAUGUUCCGAAUGGCAAUGCCAGACAAAUCCGAUGCUUUUCAUGCGAUACAUCGAUUGAGUGCCUCGUAAAACAACAGAAAAGCUCCCUUGUAGUGUAUGAUUAUGGAGCGUGUGUGGUGUUCUUGGCCACUGCUGUUGUGCCUGUGUAUGGUGAUGUUAACGGUAUUAUACGAGCCAACUCCAAUGAAGGAUGUGCCAAUAUAGAUGAGGAACACUGCUUCGCAUGUUACACGGACGGCUGUAACGGGGAACUGUUUCCUCCCGAUAGGCUGCACUGUGUCCGAUGCCGAGGGGAAGAAUGUGCACAACUGUCCACGAGUGAGAGCAUUCCUUUAGAGCCAUGCUACAUAUACAGAUCGACGAACGCCCAAUGUUUCACCCGGUUCGAUGGGGAAUUUUUCGCCGAGCGUGGUUGCCAAGGCGAUACGGAUGUAUGCUUCCAUCCGGACGAUACAAAAUGCCGGUAUUGUGAAGGCAAUGGGUGCAACGACCUCGAGUACGGGCUCGCGUACGAGUCGGUAACGUGUCGGGCGUGCAGCAGCAAUGCGCAGUGCGAAACCGAUCCCACCGUCAUCACGUGCUCCGACAAGACACGUGGCUGUUACAGUUACUUCAGUGGGCCGUUUGUUGUUGCCAAGGGUUGCGUGUCGGAUAUUGCACCGACCAGCUCGUUAUACAACGAUUGUACUUUGGCAGGUGGUACCGAACGGUGUCAGCGCUGUGGAGGGGACAAUUGCAACAGCUAUCUGUGCUUCGAGUGUAAUUCGAAAGAGGACGAAGAUUGCUUCGAGCCGCAAGUUGGCCGGGUCCGCACGGCAAGCUGUCCAACGCCGGAGUGUAUGGCGUUUGUUGACUAUAAUGCCCACAUUACGAGGGGAUGCUUCGAUUACGAUGAAACCCCAUACGCAUGUUCCGCGAACCUUGAAACAUGUCUUCGAUGCGCAGGAGAUCACUGCAACGCCGGUCCGGUGCCUCGGAAUCGUAUCAAGUGCCAUCAAUGCGAGGGAACUGGUGUGGAUUGCCUUUCACCUGCAAUCGGCGACGCCAAAUACUGUCCCAUCUACAAUUACGAAGAAGAACGCUGUUACACCUAUUUCGCAGAUGAGAACACCGUUAAAAGGGGUUGCAUUAUCGAGCAGAACAACCUCGAAUGUAAAGAAGAAUACUGCAAGCAGUGCAACACAUCCGCCUGCAACGACCAGGGUCCCUGGAUCCCAAAUACACUACACUGCGUGCAGUGUGAUAGUGUUGAUAGCUGUAGGGAAAUAGAAAACGUCCAGCCCCAGCCAUGCGUAGGCUACCACCUAUUCGGUAGAACCGAGCAAUGCUACACGGUGUUCGAUGAGUCCAACGUCGUAUCGCGGCGUGGGUGCCUUAGCCAUCUGACGGAAUCCGAAGCUAACCAGUGUCGAACGGGAGUGGAUAUCAACUGCAAGACGUGUUCCUCCGAUGGUUGCAACGCGCAGAGUGUCGAGUGUGUCGUAUGCAACUCGAGGACGAAUCCGACGUGCGGUGGCAACGCCCUGCCGGGAAGCUUCGAACGCAACCGUUGUGGAACCGGGCACUGUGUGUCACUGGUGAAAGACUGGAUCACAUGGAAAGGCUGUUGGGAAGAUUUCGAGGGGGAUUGUGCGUCGCCGGAGGAUGCCGGGAUAAUGUGUGCCGUUUUCGAAGGUAACCUGUCGAACACUGGGAUAUUUCCGGAAGACCGUUUGAAGUGCUACCAAUGCGAAGGGCCCCGGGGUACAUGCGGGCAGAUCGGUUCCACAACGACUCUGGAAGUAUGCCAGCGUUACCAUCCGCUGGACAGUUGCUACACCUAUGUUUCUGAUAACGGAUACACUAUCCGAGGAUGCAGCACAACUAUAACCCAGGAGUGCAACGACUCCCCCUCGCAUUGCCAUCGAUGUAACGGGGAAGGAUGCAAUGACGUACCGUUUGAACAACCGAACUGGCUCACCUGUGCCAAGUGUUCGCAUGCAACCGAAUGUGCUGAACGAAAGGAUAACCCGGUGUUUGAACCAUGCAAAGGAAUGAUUCUACUCGGCCGGCACGAUGACUGCUACACGUAUUCUUUCGGCGGGGAAAUUCUUGAGCGUGGCUGCCUCAGCGAAGCGGACCCAACUAUCCAGGCCCAGUGCGCCGACGGUUCGAGCGAGUGUUCCGUGUGCCACUGUGACCGUUGCAACGGUCCACCAACGUCGUGUGUCGUCUGCAAGGGAGAGCGCGGCUGUGGUGAUGUCGGGAACACCGACUUGUUGCAGACUUGCACUUCUGGAGCCUGUGUGGUAACCUCCUUGCCGAUGACCAGUGACGGUGUGCUGACGAUUGUUAAACAAUGCUCGGAGACCGUCCAGCUUGACAUGUGUUACAAAGGACCACCGGGAGCCACUUAUCACCUGUGUCAUUCACCUGGUUGUAACGAUAUACUUUAUCCUCCUGAUCGGAUUCGAUGCUACCAGUGCGAGGGUGCGGCCUGUGCCGAUCCAUUGCUUCUACCCACCGUUUGUGAGCCGUACGUAGUGGGUAUGGAUGCGUGUUACAGCUUUUUCGACCGUCAGCAAAAGGGAUGCAUCGGGCAGCUCAACCAAACUCAGCUUGACGAAUGCCAAGGCGAAGGGAACGGUUGUAGAAUGUGCUCCUCGGGAGAUGGAUGUAAUUUAGAGCCACGCGUACAGGAAUGUACCGUUUGCAGCUCAGAAAGUGACCCGGGUUGUGGCUCUAGUUCGACGCAGAUAGGAUCCACUGCACGCACUCGGAAAUCAUGUAUAACAGGGGGUUGUGCAACGUACAUCGAUGACAAUGGCUUCACGGUGAAAGGUUGCGCCGUGGACUUCCAGCUAACAGAAGCUUCAUGCUCAGACGAAAAUGCGACAUUGUGCUACGUCUGUUCCACUGGGGACGCCUGCAAUGACGAGCUACGGUUUCCCUCGAACCGGCAGGAAUGUUACCAGUGCUCGGGUACCGCGUGUGUAGAUGUGACACUGGACAGUCCAACUGCUUGCAGACGUUAUAAUGCUACCACCGAUGGAUGCUACACGUACGCCACCGGUCCGGAAGACAUCGAACGAGGCUGUCUCAGCGAUCGUCCUUCGUGUGCGGAGGAAGCGGCAUGCGUUAUUUGCACGACUCCAAACACCGGAUGCAACACUGACCCGGGGAUCGUAUCAAACGGCCACAGCUGCUACCAGUGUGACGGGGCAGAUUGUGCUACGAAGCGCACAGGUCCGGGAACCGCGUGUUCCGGGGAGCUUCUUCUGGGACGCACCGAUUCCUGUUAUACAUUCGUAGACACGUACACCGUACGGAGAGGAUGUUAUUCGGAUGAAGACGCAUGUGAUCCAGCGAACCCUAGUUGUCAUGUUUGUGCACCAGAGAAAGACUGCAAUGGCGACGAGUAUACAGUCACGAGCAACGAGUGCAUUCAGUGCUUCGAAGGUACCGACGGGGAAGCUUGCCUAUGGGGCUACAGCUCCACGGAGGCAACGCGCUGUUCGGAACCGGAGUCGUCGUCGCCAGGAACCGGCUGUUACAGGUGUUACGAUAAUGAUGGGGUAGCUGAUAAUCCUCUCUUCCGCAGAGGUUGCGCAGGUGAUGCGGGUGAACAGCGGUGCCACAAUGAUCCUGGGUACAGUGUUUGCCUCGGGGCGGGCUGCAACAACCGCAACGAGCGGCUACAGAUUUGCGCCAAGUGUGACACGGAUAUUGGAUGUGAUCGGUGGAUAGUGGAAGAGUGUCGCGGUACAGUGCCGUACGAGCGGCGCGGUUGCUACAUCAUGCGGGACGUACGGAAACGCAUCCUGGGGCGAGGAUGCGUGGCCCAGUUGAACGAAUCCGAUUGGGAGCGAUGUCUAGACGUUCGCGAUGGAACCUGCACAAUGUGUUUUGGGAAUCAAUGCAAUGGGGCGACGGUACCAUUGGGAGGUCAUUUGGUCGGCCUUCUCGCCGGAACCGUUUUGACAAUACGGUUGUUGGUUAGCUUUAAUGGCAAAAUAUCAUUACUCUACUGA